AUGUCUACUCUCAAAGAACCAGCUGUAGUUGUUGUUGGCAACUCUCCAUCUUCAACGGAUGAAGAUAUUGCAGUCCCGAUAUCGACAAACGUUAGCGAACGCAUAGCUUCGAAGCGACCUCUAUGGCGGCGACUGGUGGGUUUCUUCUGGGACUCCGUUGAUGGAGAUCCUCGAGACAGGCGGUACAUCCAGAAACUGGACACAUUUCUCUUUUCUUAUAUCUGUCUCGGCUACUUCAUCAAAUACCUUGACCAGACGAAUAUCAGCAAUGCAUUCGUCAGUGGAAUGAAAGAAGACCUCGGUUUAUACGGAAACGAGCGUAACUGGCUUAACAGCUACUUCAACAUUGGGUACUUGAUCGGUACUGUGCCAACCCAGAUGGUGCAGCUCAAGUACGUUAGGCCGUCCAUCUGGAUUCCUCUCUGUGAGGUUCUAUGGUCGGUUCUCGUGAUGGCUAUGGCAUCUGCCAAGAACGUGGAGACGCUUUACGCCCUCAGAUUCUUCGUUGGCUUGCUUGAAGCCUGUGCCUUUCCCGGAUAUGCUGCAUUGCUCGGUGGUUGGUAUGGACCCCGAGAGUUGACUAAGAGGAUGGCAAUCUUCGAGCAGACAAGUGGUAUUGCGUCCAUGUUCAGUGGCUACUUGCAGGCAGCUCUUUACAAGGGUCUUGGAGGGCGUCAUGGCCUUGCUGGUUGGCAAUGGCUAUUCAUCUUUGAUGGAAUCAUCUCAAUCCCCAUCGCCAUCUGGGGCUUUUUUGCGAUCCCAGAUCUGCCGCAUACCACCCGCGCAUUUUACUGGACAAAAGAUGAUAGAGAAUACGGCAUCCAGAGGGCUGAAAGCAACGGCCGUGUUGCUCCUCAACCGUUGACCCUGCAAGCCAUCAAAGGAGUCUUUUCCAACUGGAGACUCUGGGUGUUUAUCUUGCCAUAUCUAAUGGUCGCUCAGGCAGGCAGCGGCACUGGCUACUUCAACCUCUACCUCAAAGCCGAAGGCUAUAGCGUCGUGCAGACCAACGUGUUGCCUACCGCUGGUAAUGCCAUCAGCGUUGUAGCAGCUUUCUUAGCUGGAGGAAUUGUCGAUGCCACCCAAGCUCGUCUUACAAUGUCUGUCAUUAUUCAACUCGCUGUUGUGGUGUCCAACAUCCUGCUUGCUGUCUGGUAUAUCCCCAACGGCGCAAGACUGUUCGCAUACUUCUUGUCGUACGUUGGAAGUGCGGCCCAGCCUAUCAUAAUUUCGUGGGGCCACCAUCUCAACGCUGGUGAUCCAAACCUUCGUCAGCUCUUGGUUGCAACUGGCAACAUCUUCACUUACAGUUUCUCGACCUGGUUGCCCCUGGUCCUCUUCCCAACCUACGACGCUCCCCAUUACAAGUACGGAUACCAAGUCUUGAUUCUCUUCGGUGGUUUGGCAGUCAUUGGUGCUUACUUGCUUAAAACUCUCCAGGGGCGGUUCGGAUAA